GACGAUGCUGGAGACGCUGGGGGGGCGCGGGCUGCUGCUCGUGAGGGACAGCGCCGACUCCGAGGGGCGGAGCCUCCUGAGGGCGAUCGUCAGCGAGGCCGUCAACAGGGCCGAGCAGGUGCUGGUGGUGCUGCUGGAGGUGCCCCGGGAGCAGUUCCAGGAGGGGCUGAGCCCCCACGUCCGGGAGCGGCUGCACUUCCGGGACCUUUUCGGGGACCCCCACCCUCGUUCUGGAUUCGCUGAGCUGGGCCCUGCUCCGGGAGCCCCUCCCCCACCUCUGCCGCCACCUGGGGGCGCUGCUGACGCGGGGGGGACCCCGGAACGAGCCCCCUCCCCGAAUUGUGGCGCUGCUGCACCAGGACCUGCACCCCCCCCCGGUUCUGGGGGCUCUCGGGGGUCUCGCCCGGGCCCAGCUGAUCCUGGGGGGACCCCCCGAGACCCCCGGAGCCCCCCGGAGGCUGAGGCUGCUCAGGGACCCCCAAAAAAGGGGGGGACCCCUCCAGGAGACCCUCACCCUCCUCCCCGACGGCUCCUUGGGGGGGCCCCCCCCGCCCGACCCCUCCCCAAAUUGGGGGGACCCCAAAAAGCCCCAAAAUGCCCCAAAUGUGGGGGUCAGGACCCCCCUGACCUUUCGCCUGGGGCUGUCGGGGGCCGAGCAGGAGGCGAGGGCGGCCCUGACCCUCCCAUACCUGCCCAGGGCCGAGCCCGAGGCGCCCCCCGAGGAUCUCGAGGACCCCGACGAGGACCUGGAGCUGUGACCCCCCCUGGGACCCCCAAAUUUGGGGGGAAAAUCCCCAAAAAUGGGACCCCAAUAAAGGAGCUGCCCCUCCCCCACCCUGCCCUGCUGAUUUGGGGGAAGAUCCCAAAGCUGCCAAUCAUGUCAGCCUGAAUCGAUUCCAACGGCAGAAACAACGCCCCUAAUUUACAUAAAGUUGUUGUCAAUCAUUUUGCCCUGAAAGGAUCCCAGAGUAAGAAACCACGCCCCUUCAUUUACAUGCAGCCUGCCAAUCAUUUCAGGCUACAACGAUCCCAACGGCAGAAGCCACGCCUCUUCAUUUACAUGCAGCCUGCCAAUCAUUUCAGUCUACAACGAUCCCAACGGCGGAAACCACGCCCCGUUAUUUACAUGCAGUCAAUCACUGUGUAAUCACCAUAGCAACAUUGACCGCGCCGCUAAUUUACAUAACCCCGCCCACAAGUCACGCCCCUUCAAUUAACUCUCAUUCCCACAAGCACCGCCUUUCUGUUUAAGCCACGCCUUCCCCAUUGAGAGCUAUAGACGUUUGACCACGCCCCCCCGUGCGUAGCCCCGCCCCCCGUGCGUGCCCCGGAAGCGCUGCUGCCGGAAGUGCCCCCGGGCGAUGGCGGCGCUGGCGGCGGCCCCGGCCGAGCCCCGGUGAGGGCGCGGAGCCCCCGAACCCGCCCGGGCCCGGCCCCGGCAGCGCCUCCCGAGCUCCGGGAGGGGCCGCGCGAGGCGGAGGCGGCGGCGGCGGCGUCGGGGCCGCGGCGAAGCUGGCGGAGCUGGGCCGAGCCGCGCCCGGCGCCGGGACCGGGGCCGGUACCGGGAUGAUGCGGAGCCAGUGCCUGCUCGGCCUCCGCUCCUUCGUGGCCUUCGCUGCUAAACUCUGGAGUUUCGUGCUUUACCUGCUGAGGAGGCAGGUUCGAA